AUGCCUCGACGAAACAUCUUUCUCCCGACGCUCUGUAUCGUCCUUCUCUUCGCAGUAUGGACCUUCAGGACACCUGAGACCCGUCCCUAUCCUUCCUCCAUCGACUGGUUCGAGCCGAAAUCAUCGUCUUCCCCAUCCCCGCCGCCUUCCGAAUCGUCAUCCUCAUCUUCCCCGUCAAGGACAAAACACCCGCCCCCUCUACAGGGACACGAGGCCUUUUUAUCGCCACCCCAUCUGAUUUCAAUCCCUGGAAAUGAGGUCGACCUGUCACAGCCCGAUGCACCUUUCGUCGGCUGGCCCUUGAAGCGUGUUUGCGACGAAGCUACAUGGAUCGAGGGGCUGGUAUACAUUUGCGACAACAACUCCGGGGGGAUUGGGAAUAUCAGGAACUAUAUUCAAACAUGCAUACGGUAUGCCCUAGAGGCCGGUGCUACGGGUCUAACUAUCCCCAAGAUUCGGAAGCGAAGCGAAAAGGACCUUGCCGAUCUAUUUACCGACUUCUUGCCUUUUGACUAUAUGUUUGAUGAGCAGCACUUCCGCGAUGCCAUCAACAAUAGUUGUCCUCAAGUAACGCUUUACGAUGACGUCAAGGAUAUCCCUGGCGUGGGCGAGUCUCCCAUGAUCAACAACAUCACACCCAAGGAUCUCGGAAAUCGCGAUGGCUGUGAGUCCAUGGAUCAGAACCGACACACCGAUCGCUUUGGCCAGAGUUUCCGCAGGUGGCUGAAAGACGAGAAGCACGGUCAUCCCCCGACCAAGGAGAACCCGCGCCUCAUCCGUUUCAACUGGGGUGUGCUGUUCGAUUGGCAGAUCUACCGUGACGGGCCUGAGAUGGCUGCUACCUUUGGUGGUAUUCUGAAACUCAAUGACAGGUUCUUGCGACUGGGUAAGAAGACGCUGGAGAAAAUGCACGCGUUUGCUCGUGCCGACGGGGCCGAGGAUGGCGCUUUUCUUGGCAUUCACCUGCGAACCGAGAGUGACGCCCUGGGGUUCUGGCCACACUACGACACGCAGUCGGAGGCCUAUCUUAGGCAGGCCCAAAAACGAGGCUAUAGGACGGCCUACCUCGCAACUGGGAAUUUGACAGAAGCAGACAAUUUCAUCGAUGCAGCCAUUGAAAUGGCGCAGAUGAGAGUUGUUACCAAGGUAGACCUACUAUCGGAUGAUGAGCUAGAUGAGCUAGAGUCCCUCAGCUGGGAUCAACAAGGCCUGAUCGACUAUGUAGUGUUGCUGGGGAGCGAGUUCUUCGUAGGCGUCCAGCCCAGUAGUUUCUCCGUGCAUCUGGCCAUGAAACGCCACCUUAAGACAGGGGGGUUGUACACGCGCCCGUACAAGACGGGCACAGAGGGAGACGGCCUGUCACAUAUUGUCGGCAAGUUUGAUCAUUACUGGGGUGGAUGGCUGUUCCUGUGGGAUGGCAUGUGGCCCUGA